AUAUAUGGUAUUAAUGUUUAUUACGCAAACUGUAUGUAAAUUACCACAUAAGGCAUGGAUUGGAUUUGAAGAUAAUUCUGAAUUUUCGAGACAACGUCAACGCCAACGGAGACCACUGAACCGUUUGCCACACGAAGUGGCCUCUGAUAUCUACAAACAAUAUAAAGACUCAAUAUAUGUGAGCCGUUAUUAUAACGCAUCGUUUGUCUGUCAGAUCCCAUUCUUUUCUUUGACAUUACCUCAAAGGGAAUGGGAUGGCUCUGUUAGACCAUCUAAUAUGGGUUAUUCAAUAGGUUAUCCUAUAAUUCAGGCCUUAUUUAUUUUGGCCGGAAUAGCAUUGGUUUCUCCGAUAAUCUUUCCAGAAGAACGUCGAAGAAGUCUCGAAAGUCCAAUGAAUGUCGAUUUCAUUAAUAAUUUUCUUGAAAAUCAAUUAAACCUAAUGUCUGAGUCAGCAAUUGGUCGGUAUAUGAGUUCAGAUGAAAGACAUUCAAUGUUUUAUUUCUUUGAAACAAAUCUAAAGGCUGUUUUCGAGACUGUUCUUAACUCUUAUGACAAGUCAUUACAAUAUUUUCCACAUUUUGCUAAAACAAAAGUUCAAAACUGUUUUCAAUGGUCUGUUUGUGAAUUAUUCAAUAAACCAAAGAAAUAUGGAGUUAUCGGUCUAUUAUUCAGAAGUGUCUUCCCAUAUGAUAAUGUUUUCAAAAACAAAUCAUCAAAUGUUUUGUCUAAAUAUCAAUUGGCAGCUAUUUAUGGCCGAAAAACUAGUAAUAAUUGCAAACAGAAAUAUAAUGGAUGUUCAAGUAUCAAAUAG